AUGCGCACCGCGGUCGGCAGCGGUGCUGGCGCUUCUGCUGCAGCGCGCGCGAUCCCUACAGCCGUGCCCUUGACAGUUGCCGACAUCGACGCCCUUGCAAGGCGGGACGGCGUGGUUUCCAGUGAUGCGGUCGUGAGCCAACAGGGUACAGUGGCGUCGUCGCGCUCGGUGGCAGAGCUGCAGGCCGUGGUGCAGUCGCUACAGCAAGAGAAUGCGGAGCUGCGCGAGAGGCUGGAACGCGAUCGACGCCAAAUGCUGCGGUCUGCCAUGGACGUGCGCGACUUGCAUGCAAGCCAAAAGCAGAUUAGGCAGAGGGACUUGGACCGGAUAGAGUGGCUAUACUGCGAUAAUCAGAGACUCAGGAAAAUACUCGAGAUGCAAGGCAGCGCUCAAGAGCUUGCCGGUGUGCUGUCGCCACAACCACCAGCUGCAGCGCCGGCAACAGCGCAUCGUCCAUCAUUGGAGGGCCUUCGCCCUUUACCAGAAGUGCCUGUCGAGCUCAACGCAAUCGAGGAGGAGAUGCCGGCACUUGAGGCGGAGGUGGUGCACCUGCGCGGUGCCCUGGUGCUCAAGACGCAGCAUCUGGAUGAUCUGUGGGGGCAUGCAGAGCGCGCCGAGGGUUACGUGCAGGACCUACUGCAGAAGCUGGAGCACGUACAGGGCAUUGUGCGUGAGGAGAGCGAUAGCUGCGCACGCCGGUCCAAGCAUCUCGAAAGCACUGACCAGCCGCUGGAGGACAUUGUCUCCUUUGUGUCCCUUCGCGACCACUCGAGUGCGACGCAGCUGACUGGGCCCAGCUCCACUACUCCGUUCCCCUUUGCCACUGUGGGGCGGUGUGAACAUAUCAAGCGGGCCGCGGCUGUUCAUGGAGGCUGA